AUGACCACUGGAAAAAUAAAAUUUGACCCUUACGCAACAAGUCAUCCUACUAACGAAGGCACAUCAUACGUCCCAUUGAACCUCUAUAAAAGCACAGUACUGACCGCAAAACAUUGCAUAGAGAAAAGCUGUAAAGGGAAAAUAUCAUAUGGCAGUGUGAACAAAAAAGAUCCUAAAUACGAAAUUUUAUUUGACUGUGGGUCUAGUGAUGUAAUAAAACACUCGUCAUCCGAUUUGGCAAUCAUCCGAACGAAACGCACCCUAGACGGUUCAACUGCCCUCGCCAUUCCAGCUGGGCCCCUUAGUAUUUACGGCGAGAAAGUAGAACAUGAGACUUUUUCAGUUAAUGAAAGUGAGUCACCUCAGCCGUUGCAAGAUGUUUACCCGGUUGGGUGGGGACGGGCGUGUGAGGACCCUGGAGUAACUGCAAUUACCAAACACGCAAACCUAAUACCAUGCAGACAAGUGAAAGUGGCGCCCGAUGAUGUGUGUGCUUCCAAAUCCUAUGGACCCACUAUGUUCUGUGCAGGGGGCAUGACAGGGGGAAUGCCCAAAGAUGCUUGCUCAGGAGACUCGGGGGGACCUGUAGAAUGUAUGGACCGACUAGGUAUUUUAUGGAAUUACAUUAUAUGGACCAGCAAUCUAUGA